AGAAAAGUAAAUAACACACCACCCUCCUUCGACCUCCCUCACGUCGAGCCGUAAUCCAGAGGCCGUCGCGAUGGAAGGCACUGCGUCCGCCUCCGGCGGCCGGAGCGUCGCCGCUCCCGCGCGUAUGACCACCGUAUCCCGGCAUUACUUCGGCGGCGCCGCGACCGAGCGCGACCACGACCUCCGCGUGGACAUCAUCGAGAAUAUCGAAGAGGACUAUGGCAUGUUUGUCUGGCCAUGCAGUGUCAUUCUGGCCGAGUACGUGUGGCAGCAGAGAUCACGGUUCUCUGGCUCCAGAGUUGUUGAGCUUGGCGCUGGAACCUCCCUACCAGGAUUAGUAGCUGCAAAGGUUAGAGCAGAUGUAACACUGACAGACAUUGCACAUAAUACAGAAGUACUGAACAACAUCAGAAGAAUAUGCGCUCUCAAUAAUGCCAACUGCACUGUAUCAGGACUUACCUGGGGAGAUUGGGAUGAGCCGGUAUUCGAUUUGCAUCCUGACAUUAUUCUUGGAGCUGAUGUGCUUUACGAUUCAGCAAAUUUUGAUGAUCUCUUCGCGACAGUUACCUUUCUCCUGGAAAAUUCUCCUGGGGCGGUGUUCAUAACCACAUACCACAAUCGCAGUGGUCAUCAUCUGAUCGAGUUUUUGAUGGUGAAGUGGGGUUUGAAGUGUUUGAAACUUGUGGAUGGUUUCUCCUUCCUGCCAUCAUGCAAGGCUGCAUCGCUACAGGGAAACAUUCAGCUUGUUGAAAUUGCACUAGACAAGGAAAAACCUAAAUGACUCUCAGGAGUUGACUGCCAGCACAAGGAAAUGGAAUGGAAUGUUUGGUCCUCUGCAUACAAGUAUGUAAUUCUAGGAGCAAUGCCAUGUAAAGCCAUCCAUUCGAACUUUUAUCCCAAAGGAUGCUUCUUUGAACUUUUGCCGUGAUUCAGCGUGCAUUGUACUAUGAAUAGCUUAUGCAAGCAAAACAGAAAGCAGGUGGUAGCAUGCGUGCGAUCCAGUCUGUCUACGCCCCAACUGUUAUGAAUAUGCACAGAUGUACCGUUCGUUGAUUCAUUAGAUGCAAU